CUCCCGAUGGAGACCCUGGUGGCGUAGUGGGUAAGGGCUACGGCUGCUAAUCAAGAGGUCAGCAGUUCGAAUCCACCAGGCGCUCUUUGGAAACUAUCGGGCGGUUCCGCUUUGUCCCAUAGGGUCGCUAUGAGUCCGAAUUUACUGGACGGCAGUGGGUUUGGUUUUAGUUUCCCGGUAGUGGGCUUACAUUCGGGAGGAGUCUGGAAAUCUCGGUGAACAGUUACUUCCGCACACGCGCAGUGGGGAGGUAUUCGGUAUUCUGCAAUCUUAAGACGCGGGAUGCGCGAGGUGAGUUCCAAGAUCUCUGUCCAAGAGCUGCAGAAAAUGAUCAACUUCCAGGUGCCAUCGAGUCAGCUCCAACUCAUAGUGACCCUGUGUACAACAGAACGAAACACUGCCUGGUCCUGCGCCAUCCUCGCAAUCGUUGUUAUGCUCGAGCCCAUUGUUGGAACAACUGUGUGAAUCCAUCUCGUUGGGCGUCUUCCUCUUUUUUGCUGACCCUCUACUUUACCAAGCAUGAUGUCCUUCUCCAGGGACUGAUCCCUCCUGGUAACAUGUCCAAAUGUCCAGGACUUCCAGUAACUACAAUUUCGAAUGAUAAUUGCUAGCUAAAAAUCUUCUUCUGGUACCAGUUUUAAUGGGAAUACUUCCAAUGUUUGUUUCUUCUCGUAUUCUGGGAUCGAUGACAUUCCAGGAUGUGGCCGUGGACUUCACCCCAGAGGAGUGGCAGCUGCUUGAUUGUGCUCAGAGGAACCUAUAUUGGGAUGUGAUGUUGGAAAACUUUAGAAACCUCAUCUCAGUGGGGUGUCCAGUUACCAAUCCAAAAGUGAUCUUCAAGUUGGAGCAAGGACAAGAGCCAUGGAUGGUGGAGGGAGAGGAUCCACGUUGGAGCUAUCCAGAAGCUGACUGCCAACUUGUUGAGGAAUCAGAGAGACACCAGGAAAGCAAAGACAGUUUUUUGAAGUCAGUUGCAUUCACAUUCAGUGAAAUUCUGACUAUGGAAAGACUCCACCAUACUGUGAACACAAGUCUUAAUCCUAUGGUACAAAAAUCAUAUAAAUGUAAAUCAUGUGGGAAGAGUUUGCAACUUAAUUUAAACCUACUUAAUAGUGGUUAUUCUGGAGAAAACUCUUAUGAAUGCAGUGAAUGUGGUAAAGCCUUUAAAAACAAGUUUCAUUUCAUUAGACAUGGAAAAAAACAUGCAGGAAUAAAAGCCUUUGAAUGCAGUGACUGCGGGAAAGCCUAUAGGAGGAAGACACACCUUGAAACUCAUCAGAAAAUUCAUAAUGGAGAGAGACCCUUUGUCUGCAGUGAUUGUGGAAAAGCUUUUGUGCAUAAAUUUCAACUCGUGAUCCACCAGAGGCUUCACACUGGAGAGAAACCUUAUGAAUGCAAUGAGUGUGGGAAAACAUUCACUUGGAACUCCUCCUUUAAUCAACAUGUGAAAUCUCACACACUUGAGAACUCAUUUGAAUGUAAGGAAUGUGGGAAGACCUUCAGGUAUAGCUCAUCCCUUUAUAAACAUUCUAGAUUUCAUACAGGAGAGAAACCCUACCAGUGUAUUGUAUGUGGCAAAGCCUUUGGCAACACAUCAGUGCUUGUUACACAUCAAAGAAUUCAUACAGGAGAGAGACCCUAUGGAUGUAUUGAAUGUGGCAAAGCCUUCAUCAAGAAGUCUCAUCUCCUUCGACAUCAGGUAACUCACACGGGAGAAAAGCCCUAUGAAUGUAACAAAUGUGGGAAAGCAUUUUCCCAGAGGUCCAAUCUGAUUGUACAUCAGAAAACUCAUCUAUAGUAUUCACUUUAUAAACUUGAAAGUCUUAAAUAUAAGGUAAUUCUUAUUAAAUAGCAGAGAAUACAUAGGAGAAGGCAACAAUGUGAAUGAAUUUGGUUCCCAUUUUUUUAAAAAUCUCAAUGCGAGCCAUGUUCUGAAAGUAAUAUCAAAAUUAUUACAGAAAACAUUGGAUUAUAAAUAACAGAGCUUAGAAAGGAUAAUCAAGGAAUCAAUGAAGAAUCAUAUUUAUCGUUCUGAUUUUUAUUUUUUUAACCAAUUAUGUAAUUACGCAAAUGUGAGUGUAAAACAUGUCAUAUAUUAUUAAAAAUUUCUGAAAUAUCACCUUCUCUUCCAGUCCUAACAGUAAGCUGUAUAAUGGGUUAAUUGAAAUUAAUCAGUAAUUUCAAUUAAUAAAUUGCAUAGUAAUAAAUUUCAAUUAAUCAGUUGGAAAAAAUGUGGUUUAAUAUGUAGUAUGAAGUUCACUGAUACAUUCAUCCAUUUGCUGGCACUUUUAUUGGGCAUGGCAGUGUUAAUAACUCUUAGUCUCUUUAAUUACAGAAAUGAAAACUUAUAAAACUUCUUGUAAAGUUUUCUUAUGUAUGUAAAACACCAAAACAAUUUAAAAAAUUAACAAGAUAUCUAAUUGAGGAAAAGGAAGCACUUGUAUUCUGUAUUCAGUUCAGGAAAAGAAGUAUUUAAAUAAGUAUGUAAAUAAAACAUUUGCACUUCAAAUAUUCCUGUUCUUUUCCAUUGGUGUGUCUACAUAAUAUAUAACCAUAGCUCAGGUAGUAUUUGGGGGUGUCUUCUGUGUUUGAGUUUAAGAAAGUAGGGUGCUAUGAUACUUUGCAACUUUUAGGGAGAGAUAUUUUGGGGUUCUUUUUCAGAUUUUGGUUUUGUUCGGCUGUUUAAAAAAAAUUGAUACAGGUUUAGCUCCUAGGAGUGCCUGGAAUUAUUUAACUCAUGGUGACCUGAUGUAUAUCAGAGUAGAAUUGUGCUUUGUAGGGUUUUCAGUGGCUGAUUUUUCAGAAGUAGAUUUCCAGGACUUUCUUCCAAAGCACCUCUGGGCCGACUCGGCAUUAACCGUUUCCACCACCCAGGGACUCACAGACAUCAUCAAUCAAGAUGUUUGAAAAGAGUAAGUUUUCCUGCUUAGCAAGUUCACUUUGGAUUGUGACAUUUUUUAAGUUCUACAUAUCUUUUAUAAAGAUGAGUCAGCCAUUAUUUAAGGUAAAGUUUUUAUUGCUCUCCACAAUGUUCCUUAAUAAUGUCAAAAGCCUUUAAGCCUUUUCUUAAGUGAUGAGAGAACAUACGUUCAGCAUUGAGCUUAAACCUAAAUUCAGAAAUCAAGUCUUUUCCUUUCAAGCUUAAACUCAGUUAUAACUAUGUUGCAUUAUUUUUCUUUAUCAUUAGCCAUUUUCUGAAGAGUACUGUUGAGUGGCAAUUAACAAUAACAGCAAUGUUGAAUAAUAACUUAAAUGAUAGUGCUUUUUUGAACAUGCAUACUAGAACUUAAAGAGCUAAAUUAAAUCUUUCAAAGUUAUUUUAUGAGGCUAUAUACUAAUUUCACUUAUGCAGUCAUUCUAAAAUUUCUGGAACCUUCUUUGUUUUGGAAUUGUCUGCAGAAUCAGUUUGCCAGACACACAGGAUAAUCUUAAGUAUUUAUACUCACAUGACUUGCCUUUUUUCAGUUCAACUCUUAUUUCCUCCAUGAAGUCCUCUUUUUGCCCUACCUAAUGCUUCCUACCCUUCUCCCUCCCUUUCCACUGCUGAUGCCCCUUAUCUGAGAAACUCCAAACUGUAGUUAAGACUGAGGAAGUGGACACCUUUUAGAAAAGGGCAGUGCAGCUUUGAAAGAACAGCUUUGUAGUCAAGAUGACAAAAAGUAUGCAGUGGUCUACUUCAGCCCAUUG